AUGAAUCAACCUUUUGGAUAUAUUGAUCUACGCUUUCCUCAUCAUGUUCGUGUUCUUCAGCGUGCUCUCUAUGGUCUUAAUCAAGCACCUUGUGCUUUGUUCCAGCGGUUCAGUACAUUUUUUAUUAAAUUUGGUUUUGUUCCUAGCCGAGCAGACUCCUCCUUAUUUGUGUGUCACACAUUUGCUGGCACCAGUUAUCUUGUCAUUUAUGUUGAUGACAUAGUUGUUACUUGCAACAACUCUCAGCUUGUUACCAAUUUUCUUACUCGACUUAGUAAUGAAUUUGCUAUGAAGGAUCUAGGGGCUCUUCAUUAUUUCUUGUGCAUUGAGGUUCAAUCUACUUCCUCUGGUUUAUUCCUUAGUCAAACAAAAUAUGCAGUUGCUACUCCUAUGGUAUUUGGACAAAAACUCACUCAAGCUGGCUCCCUCUUCUUUAAUUCGACUCUUUAUCGAUCCAUUGUUGGGGCUCUACAAUAUUUGGUCAUCACACGUCCUGAGCUUGCUUAUAGUGUUAACACAAUUUGUCAACAUAUGCAUUCCCCUUCAGAUGAACACUUCCGUGCAGUUAAGUGUAUUCUACGCUAUGUAAAGGGCACCCUUCAUUUUGGUUUGAAUCUCUACUCUCAUCUGUCUUGGCAACUUCUAGCCUAUUCUGAUGCCGAUUGGGUUAGCUGCCCUGACACUCGCCACUCUACAUCUGGUUAUGCCAUAUAUCUUGGUCAGAAUUUAGUCUCUUGGAGUGCUAAGAAACAGCCAACUGUUUCCAGCAGUAGUGCAGAAUCCGAGUAUCGCUCACUUGCUUUAGCUGCAACCGAAGUCACUUGGCUCACUCAUUUGCUUCAUGAUCUUCAUAUUUCUCUCUCGGCAAAUCCUACUAUUUUCUGUGAUAAUUGA